UUUGGAACAGUAAAAUUUUUAGAAGUUAUUAAGCCAUUCUGUGCAGUGUUACCUGAAAUCCAGAAACCGGAAAGAAAAAUCCAGUUCAGAGAGAAGGUGCUAUGGACGGCUAUCACGCUCUUCAUCUUCUUAGUGUGCUGCCAGAUACCUUUGUUUGGAAUCAUGUCGUCAGAUUCUGCAGAUCCCUUCUACUGGAUGCGAGUCAUUCUUGCGUCAAACAGAGGAACUUUGAUGGAAUUGGGUAUCUCACCCAUUGUGACAUCUGGUUUGAUCAUGCAGCUGCUAGCUGGAGCAAAGAUCAUUGAAGUUGGUGAUACUCCAAAAGACAGAGCCUUGUUCAAUGGAGCUCAGAAAUUAUUUGGGAUGAUUAUUACCAUUGGACAAGCCAUUGUGUAUGUUAUGACUGGAAUGUAUGGAGAUCCUGCCGAAAUGGGUGCUGGAAUUUGUCUUCUUAUUAUAAUUCAGCUGUUUGUUGCUGGUUUGAUUGUGUUGCUGUUAGAUGAGUUGCUACAGAAAGGUUAUGGCUUGGGGUCUGGCAUUUCCCUGUUCAUUGCUACCAAUAUCUGUGAAACCAUUGUCUGGAAGGCUUUUAGUCCCACUACCAUCAAUACUGGCAGAGGAACAGAGUUUGAGGGGGCUGUGAUUGCAUUAUUUCAUCUUCUGGCUACACGAACUGACAAAGUCCGGGCUUUGCGGGAAGCUUUCUACCGACAGAAUUUGCCCAACCUCAUGAAUCUGAUUGCUACAGUAUUUGUAUUUGCUGUAGUCAUAUAUUUUCAGGGGUUUCGUGUUGAUUUACCUAUCAAGUCUGCGCGAUACCGUGGGCAGUACAGUAGCUAUCCUAUCAAGCUCUUUUAUACCUCCAACAUUCCCAUCAUUCUGCAGUCUGCCUUAGUUUCGAACCUCUACGUCAUUUCCCAGAUGUUGUCUGUUCGGUUUAGUGGCAACUUCUUGGUGAACUUACUAGGACAGUGGGCAGAUGUCAGUGGCGGUGGCCCUGCUCGCUCCUAUCCCGUCGGUGGCCUGUGCUACUACUUGUCCCCUCCAGAAUCUAUGGGUGCAAUAUUCGAGGAUCCUGUCCAUGUAAUAGUUUAUAUAAUAUUUAUGUUGGGAUCCUGCGCGUUCUUCUCAAAGACUUGGAUUGAGGUGUCUGGCUCGUCAGCGAAAGACGUUGCCAAGCAACUCAAAGAACAGCAAAUGGUGAUGAGAGGCCACAGGGAUACUUCGAUGGUUCAUGAGCUUAACAGGUAUAUCCCUACAGCAGCUGCGUUUGGUGGUUUGUGCAUUGGUGCCCUUUCAGUAUUGGCCGACUUUCUAGGAGCCAUUGGGUCCGGCACUGGCAUUCUUCUUGCAGUCACUAUUAUUUAUCAGUAUUUUGAAAUAUUUGUAAAAGAACAGGCUGAAGUUGGAGGAGUAGGUGCAUUAUUUUUCUAGAUGUCCAAAUAUUUCAUGGUUCGUGUGAAAGGGAAAGUAUUUUGACAAUAUGUGUCAUUUAGUCCAAUAAUGCUAUUUUCUUUUUACUUGUUUUCAAGUGCUACGUGUCCCAUUACUGUAAUGGGCAUUGAGCAAUGCCUGUGUGCAGCAUUAGUACCAGCUGCCUUAAGAAUAAAGUUUACAUUAUCUUGUUUA